UCCGGGGACAGGUUUUCUUUAAACAAGUAAUUAAAAAUAAUCAAUAGCCAUUAUCUGAAUGUACAAUACAUUAACUUUCAUAUGACUUUUACCACUUGCGCAAUGCAUUAUAUUAUGUCUACUGGUGUAACAACAACUGAUUGUUUAUUUAUAUAUGCAGUACCCUUGAAUGAAUUUUAGCAUUCAAAAAGAAACUUCGAUAUAAUUAAUGACUAGAACAUCAACGAUCAGAUAUCAAUAUGAAAAUAAUUGACGACAAAGAACAGAAAUAUUCGAUUGGUGAUAAUUGAAAUCAUUGGUUUAAUUAUAUAUUAUAUAAAUCAAAUGAUAACGAUCAUAAACCAUUUUUGUUUAUGUUCGUUUUUCUUUUAUCGAUCAAACAAUAAAAAUACAAAUGCUACAACAGAAAGGUAGGGAAACAAAGCAAAAUGCAGCGUUUAAAUUUAGGCUAAAAUGUUAACUGUAAAUUGUAAAUAGUUUACAUGUAAGAAACUGAUUAAAAGUUAGGUGUUUAAGAUAAUAGUUGUAACCGUUUAUACAACUUUAAACAUUUAAAAUAAAUACACGCCUAUAGUAUAUUUAUACCCUCACACUAGGGGGAAGGUGGCAUUUAGAUUUGCCCUUGUCAGUUUGUGCGUGCGUGCCUCCAUUCCAAAAUGUUGUGUGACGUGAAGCUCUUAUGGUGCUCGAGCCUAAGUCAACAAACUUCACAGGAAUGUUGAUCACCAUGAAGUUGUGUACCUGGGGAUUCGCGUGUUGAUUAAUCCAGUUUUGUAAGAGUAAUUGCCCUUGACAGUAAAAAUUAGGUCGCCUGGUCUCAAAUAAGAUUCGAUUUGAGUCUUGAAACUUUGCAGUAAUUUCGGUCGGAAUGUGUAUUUUUGCACCUUGGGUUUGCUUAUUGAUUGAGUCAGUAUUUGUAGAGUUAUUGCUUUUGAUUUAAGUAAAACUUGAAAUUAGUGUCGCGCUUUACUCAAAAAUGUUUGACUCAGAGUAAUGAAACUUUUCAGAAAUGUUGGUUAGCAUAAGUAGUUGUGCAUCUGCAGUUUUGCUUGUUUUUGUUUGUUCAAGCAUACUUUAGGAUAUAAAAAGUUGAUGUUUGAAUUUCUACCAGCUCAAUAUUAGAAACUUGGAUAUUAUUUAUAUGACCCAACCACGUAGGGGUAAGGGAAGUCCUGAAGAAUUUCCUUUGUCUGUCCGUCUGUCAUACUGUCCUGUUGUACGUCAGGAGACUUACAAAACAGUGGAAUAUGGGGGCAUCUGUGUCCUGUGGACACAUUUUCAGUUUUUAGUUUUAAUCCAUUGUAUAUGGGUUUAAUCCGGUAUUUUUUUUAUCGAUUGGUGUAUCGUAAAAAAUAUUUUAUAACAGAACAUUUUUCGUGAAAUAAAAAGUAAUAUUAUUUCAUUAGUCAAUAUAACAGUUUUUGUUUGUUUGUUCGUUUUUUAAUCCGCCCGUUGCAUUUUUGUCGCAUUUCGUGAGAAUGAAAUUCCAAUGCUUUUUCCUGUCAUGUCACCUUGAUUUUUUUAUGGAUUUCUUUUUAGAUUCAUUCGCUUGUCAUUUACAGUCUAAAAAGUCAGUGAAAUCAAAUGAAACAUUUAUACUAUUUUAGUUUCAACAAAGAGGCAGGUAUCAGCUGUACAUCAGACAUGUCGUUUUUCUGGUUCCGGCAAGUUAAUAGUAUUUUUUGUCUUGGAACUGGCUAUCACAACGAAGACGAAUGUGUUCAAGGUUCCACACGGGACAAUGUAAUACGAAUUCGAACGAAUGACUCUAUCACAAAUGUUUCAAUGAUGGGCACAGUUGCGGAGGCGACCUUUAAUUGGGAUUUGAUACAUGUUAAUGGUUGCACGGAAUACGAAACUGGAUGGCGCUGUACAGACAGAUUUGUGAAUUGUUCUAAGUAUGAAGAAGGCUUUUGUACACGAUAUGCAGACUUUGCGAAAUACUAUUGUGCAAAAUAUUGUGGAAUAUGCUUUGCAGAUAGUUAUGGUAGAAAAUUCCUAGUAAAACUACCUCCCCAGAAAUUUAAAAAAUGCUGGAUUUUAGUAACAUCACUCAAUGAAAAUACCCACGUUGGAAUUACAAAAAAUGUCUUGGACAAACCCGAAGUAUCUAUUACCAGCACUCGAGGAGAUGAAGAUGGCAAAAGAUAUUAUAAUUGUUCAAACAUGGAUAACAUUAUUAAUUUUAAAAUAAUAAGUGAUGACGAUGUUGAUGUAGUUGUAUAUUACAUUUCUGGUAGACAUAAUACGGUUAUAAGAAGCUCUAGAAUAUACCCAGUUGAUACAUUUGGGACAGAGUUCAUGGUUUUUGCACAUGAUAAAACAAAAUGCAUGUUUAUAUCUGAGCAUGUAGAUGUCAAAGUAACAGCAUACUUUUCAGGUAUUGCUCAAAGUGGUCUUACACUAAAUGACUCUGAGAGCAUUUCUGUCAAGAACAAUUCUCUUUUUACAAUGGAAAAGCAUAAUGAAAUUUCUGGAACCAGUUUAAAAUUUAAUAAACCGUCCAUGGUGUAUUGUCAUGAUAUCACAUAUGCUAUGAACUAUUUCUUACCGGUUAACACGUGGUCUAACAAAUACGUUGUCCCUUCCGUUGAAAUUGAAUCAAAUGAACGUCAGUUUAAAGGCAUUUUGCACAUCGUUUCGUAUACUGAUAACAAUAUUGUGACUAUAUCUGGCGGCUUUGAUGCUAAACAUGCAAUAUAUAACAAAGGAGACAAGAUUGAACAAGAAAUAGACGUAUCUGUGUCGUAUCUUUUAACAUCAGUAGGAAAUAUCGCGGUUGGAUUAUAUCUAGAAGAUAGGGAGGAUUCCAGCAAAUAUACAUUCAGUUUGUUACCUUCCAUUGAAAAUCAUCACGACACUAUUUUGACAUCCGUCCCGGCAAAUUGUUACUCUGAUAUAGAUACUACAAACACAGAAUUUUCGACAUUUUCGGUCGACGAAAACCUUGUUGUAAACAAUGAGACAAUGUUGAUAGGCAGAGACAGUCACCUAGAGCUAUUCGAACAGAAUAUAAGUGUUGGCAAAUCCAAAUAUGAAAUUGCAAUGCUGCAUUCAGGGAAAAGGUGGCUAAUCGUUCCUGGAAAUAUAAAAGCAAAAUACCUUUCACAACAAAAGAAGAAUAUCUGCAAUAUAACAAAGUCAACACACGGUGAUGGGGUUGACAAUGACUGUGAUGGUUUAAUAGAUGAAGAUGGUUUCUAUGGUGAUGGUUACGGGAUUUAUAAAGAAGAUAAUGAUCUUGAUGGGGACUUUGGGGAAGAUUUCGGUGGUGACAAAAUUUUAAAGGUAUACUGUGAAUGCUGA